AUGGGAUUACAGCAUGGUGGCGUUAUCGAACUUGUUGUGGUACUACACUCACUGAAGUCAACAAUCUUACCCAGUGACGUUAAUUCGAUUGGAAAACGUGGUGCUGAUAUUGCUUCACGAUUUGUAUCGUCUUCUAUUGGUGUAAGUGGUCACUGCGUUACAUGGGGACAAUCACAUUACAGGACAUUUGACGGCAAAGUAUACACAUAUGAUGGGGGUUGUACUUACACCCUGGUAGGAGACUGUGUCUCUGGUACUUUCCAGAUAUUUAUUCAGAAUGAUGCAUCCUGUACUGUGAAUAACAUGAUUAGUUGCGAACGUGUCGUCACCAUACAGACACUUACCAAUCGACUGACCCUUCGUCGAGAAGACGAUGUGCCAAGUGCUUUCAUUGACAACACCAAGUUGAACAUACCAACAGAGGAAUAUGGAUACCUGAUAGAGACAGUUGCACAUUAUAUUAUUGUAGAGAGUGGCUUGGGAUUUAUCUUGACUUGGGACGGCGGGGAAGGAGUUGAAGUUAAACUUACAGAUGAGACUUUGUCGGAAUACGAGAACACGUGUGGUCUCUGUGGUGUGUGGAAUCAUAACCCUAACGAUGACUUCACAUUACCCGAUGGUCAACGGACAUUCAACGUGAAAGAGUUUGCAGAGGCAUGGAAAACCACUGACCCAGAGCUAUCACAAGCUCAAUGUGAAGAAGGAGCGAGUCGUCCAAAUUGUACUGGUGCAGAUGUGAACACUUCAUGCGACAUAUUAGAGCAAGAACCGUUCAACGUGUGUCUUUCGACUGUUCCCGUCACACCAUAUAUUACAGCAUGCAUGGAAGAUAUGUGCUCUUGUGGUGGCGCUGUUGAUAUUGAAGAUGUUGAGAAUCGAAGUUCUUCUGUUAUUCCCCAAAUAGGAGGACCAGCAUGUAUGUGUACAGCACUUGCAGCAUAUGCACGCGAGUGUGCACGUCUAGGAGUGAUUAUAGACUGGCGAAACGACGAUUUAUGUCCUGCCCAAUGUUCUAAUGACAUGAUAUAUUCUUACUGCGGGGCGGCUUGUCCCCAGACAUGUCAAUCACGUGGUCAAGGCGAAUGUGACGUAGACGAAUGUUUAGAUGGCUGUCACUGUCCCGAUGGUAAAUAUCUACAUAAUGGUGAAUGUAUAAUGGGGGAUAGCUGUCCUUGUUAUUUCAAUGGUGUAGAAUAUUCACCCGGUGCAAUGUUACGACAGGACUGUAAUGAAUGUGAAUGCGUUGAAGGACAUUGGAGUCAUUGCACGGAAAACAUAUGUGAUGCUACCUGUUCUGCAACGGGCGACCCACAUUAUAGAACAUUCGAUGGGACUCUAUUCGACUUCAUGGGUCAUUGCACCUACACUUUAGUUAAGAAUUGUUUUGAUGAAAGCAGCGAUUAUCAUAUUAUGGGUAAAAACGUGGAAUGCGGAGUAACAGAUGGGUUCACGUGUACUCGGGCUGUGCUCAUCGAUAUCGGCAAUACUCUCGUGUUUUUGAAGCGCGGAGGCUCUGUUAACGUCAAUGGUGAUGACAUGGAGAAGUUUCCAUUCCGAUACGGUGAUGUGUACAUUGAGAGAGUGACAUCUAUGAUUAUAAAGGUGACUUUGGCGAAUGGAAUCAAAGUAGUCUGGGAUGGAAAAAAUCGUGUAUACAUCACGGUAACUCCGGAUCAUUUCAAUAAAACAUGCGGUCUGUGCGGCACAUUCAACGACAACCAAAAUGAUGACUUCCUCACCAUGCAAGGUGAUAUUGAAACCAGUUCUAUAGCUUUCGCUAAUAAGUAUAAAACUAACCCAGGAUGCAGAGAUGUACCGGUAGAUGAAGUACCACAUCCAUGUGAAAUAUUUUCACAGCAUGCAAGCACUGCUGAGGAAACGUGUAUCAAGUUGUUGAACGAUCCAAUUUUUACACAAUGCCAUAUGUUUGUGAACCCUCAACAUUACUACGAGAACUGCAAAUUUGAUGUAUGUAGCUGUCAACAGACCGAUUGUCAUUGCGUCAUUUUUGCUGAUUAUGCCCAGCAAUGUGCAGAUAAAGGGGUCCCACUGAUUGGUUGGCGACAGGAGAUAAUACCAUGUGGCGUCGAAUGCCCAUCGGGCAUGAUAUAUACAGAAUGCGGUUCAGCGUGUCAGGUGACGGCAGAUACAUUGAGAGAAGGAAUUGAAUGCAAUGACCAGUCAUGUGUUCCUGGGUGUAGAUGUCCAGAGAUGUUUGUUGAGAAAGAUGGCGAGUGUGUGUACUUAGCAGAUUUGCCAUGUGAACGUAAUGGAGAAAUGUUCGAAGUAGGAGAAGAAGUUCCACAUGAGUGUGGUUCAUGCACAUGCUCCAGUGGUGUAUGGGACUGUGCUGAUACUGAAUGCCCGCCAAUAGCGUGUGGCAUAAACCAAGUAUACACCGACUGUAUGUCUGCAUGCCCACCGACUUGUGAAAAUAUGCUACAUAAUGUCGGGUGCAGCUCGGCAAUAUGUGAAGCAGGGUGUGAAUGUGCAGAGGGGUUUGUAUUAUCACAUGAUGGGUGCGUGGAACCAGCAGAUUGCCCUUGUAAGCAUGGAGGUGAUAUAUAUUCUGCCAAUAGUGAAAUGAAAAGUGACUGUCAAAGAUGUGUUUGUCUCGGUGGAACGUGGUCUUGUGAAGAACUGGAUUGCAGUGGCGUGUGUUGUGUGUACGGUGAUCCUCACUAUAACACAUUUGACGGUGUAAGCUACGACUUUCAGGGAGAAUGUGAUUACAUACUGUCACAGUCAACUUCUGAUAAUUCUGAGAAAUAUAGUAUAUCAGCGAAGAAUAUCAAGUGUGGUACAAGUGAAGUGGCGUGUACUAAGGAUAUCUUCAUUAAAAUUGGAAAAAUCAAUGCACGAACUACAGUUAAGUUAAUCAGAGGACAAAAACCACAAGUGACGUCACAGAAUGGUCCACCUGUCCAGAUAGUCGAAAUGACAAUAUUUACAGUUGUUUUCACCAAUAUUGGUCUUGUCGUAAAGUGGGAUCGAGGCACUACGGUGUACAUUACUCUAGAGGGCGAACAUCGUUCAAAGGUUGAAGGAUUGUGUGGUAAUUUUAACAGUAAACAGAAAGACGAUUUCACGCCCCCAGGUGGCGGGUUCCCCUUUGAAAGUCCUAUUGCAUUCGGUAACAGUUGGAAGCUUCAUGACUUUUGUCCGGAUGCUCCCAACAUUGAAGAUACGUGUGCGAUACAUCCUGAACGCAAGACUUGGGCCAUGAAGGGUUGCAGUGUUAUAAAAUCGGAUCUAUUUAAGCCGUGCCACAGUGUUGUGCCAUUACAACCGUAUCUGAAUCGAUGUUUAUACGAUGCAUGUGGAUGUGAUAUGGGAGGUGAUUGUGAAUGUAUGUGUACGGCUAUAGCAGCGUAUGCAAAUGAAUGUAGUCGCCAUGGUAAUCCUAUCAAAUGGAGAUCACAGGAACUCUGUCGUAAGUACAAUAACCUUAUAAUUCCGAUUGUUUUCAGCUAA